AAGUCGAUGCUAGAGGUCCACAGUUUAACGCUCCAGACUUGUAUGUGUCUGGAUCAUUACCAGAGGGCCCAAACCUUAAAAGACCUCAAAUUGGAGUGGAAGGCAAUGGACAUUUUAGAUCUCCAGAAAUGGGAAUGGACUUAAAGGGUCUAAAUGUUAGUGCACCUGACAUGGGGAUUAACCGUAAAGGGGGAAUGAUCACAGGUCCAUCCUUUGACUUUGAUGGCCCCAAAGUGGGCAUUGAAGGAACAAACAAAAUGCCAAAAUUCAAACUGCCAGACUUGGGCCUAUCUGGACCUUCUUUUAGUAGUUCAGAAGGUGAGGUCAACACACCAGAUACAGGGACCUCAGGUAAAGUUGGACUCAGGUAUUCCAAGAGACACAAAAAUCCAGAUCUUAAUGUGGACAACCCUUCUGGUUAUCUAGAGUCGCCCAAGCUGAGGCUGUCUGGAAGACCUACUGACUUAGACCUAGAAAUGCCAGGUGUAGAUGCUUCACAACUUGAUGUACACGGGCCGCACAUUAACAUGCCUUCAGGUAAAGUCAAAGAUCCAUUUAAGAAACCAAAGAUUAAUCUGAGGUCUUCAGAUUUGGAUGUGGAUGCCCCAUCUGGUAGAAUGCCAAUACCCAAAUUUGGCAAAGUUAAAGCUGAUGUUGAAGCACGUGACUUUAGUCUCAAAACACCAAAGAUAAAAGAUGGAUUGCUUGCAUCAAAUGUAAAUCUACCAAAAGUUGAUGGACCAAAUCUACUGGUUGACACUAAAGUUCAAGGUACAAAAUACAAGGCUCCUCGGUUUAAAAUGCCCAAAUUUGAUUUACCAGACUUUAAGGUUCCAGAUUUUGAUGGAGAUUUAGAGGGACCAGAUGUGGGGUUUUCAGCACCACCCUCAACUGAUUUGGAUUUUACAGGCCCAUCUGGAAAAUUCAAAAUGCCAGGAUUUGGGCUAUCUGGGCCUAAAAUGAAAGGUCCGGAAUAUGAGCUGAAAACUCCAGACAUGGAGUUAAAUGCUCCAAAGUUUAAAGGGAUGGGAAUCAACCUACCUGGUGGUGAUCUCAAAGGCCCAAAUCUAGACCUAAAUACCCCUGAUCUGGAUAUUACAAUGCCUUCUGGUAAAUUAGACCUUGAUGCUCCCUCAGGCAAGGUUAAAAAGCCAAAAGUGAAGCUCUUUGGGACAUUGCCAAAGAAUAAAGAUGUGGAUCUGAACACAGGGAUGAAAACACCCGAACUAGCUCUGAAAUCACCAAAGAUCAAAGGCAUCGAUGUACCAGAUGUGAGUGUACCAAAAAUGAAUCUUAGAGCUCCAAAUUUGGACCUCCACUCUCCAGAUUUUGACACUGGUUCCCCCAAGGGGAAAUUCUCAGUGCCAAAGUUUAAUAUGCCACGCUUAGACUUGUCAGGUCCAAAAGGAGGAAUUGAUGCAUCUUUAGACAGACCAGACCUGCCAUCAGGUAACCUGGAUGUAAAUGUGUCUAAACCAGACUUUGACUUUAAUGCACCUUCACUUGAUCUGAAAGGUCCAAGGUCAAAUCUGAAAAUGCCUGAUAUUGGAAGUCCAUCAGGAAAAAUGAAGAUGCCAAGUUUUAAUAUGCCAGAUUUUGGAUUGUCAGGACCAAAGCUAAAAGGGCCUGAUGGUGAACUAAGGACUCCUGACUUUGAUCUCACAGCCCCUAAAUUUAAGGGUGCUAUUGGCUCUCCAGAUUUGAAUUUGCCUGAGAUGGACCUUAAUAAACCCAAACUAGAUCUUUCUGGCCCAGGCGUCGACUUUGAUAUGCCCUCAGGUAAAUUCAAAGUACCAGCAAUGAAGAAACCAAAUAUUAACUUGAAUGCUCCUGACAUGCAUAUUGAUACUCCCAAGUUUGAUAUGAACACUCCAGAUGUCAACAUCGGUUCACCCAAAGCAAAUUUAAAUAUGCCAAAAUUGAAGAUGCCCAAAUUUGGUCUUCCAGGCCUAAAAGGACCUGAGAUCGAUGGGAAUUUGGAUGGUCCAGACCUUGAUAUCAAUGCACCUAAUAUCAAUCUCAAAGGUCCUAAAGCUGACCUGAAAACACCUGAUCUAGAUAUAUCUGGUCCUAACCUUCAUGGUGCCUUUAAUGCACCAGACAUAAACAUGCCAAAGUUUGGCCUCAACACCCCGAAACUGAACUUAGACAUGCCAUCAGGUAAACUGAAAAUGCCAGAGCUUCAUGCUCCAGACUGGGAUGUAAACGCUCCCUCAGGCAAAAUGAAGAUGCCUAAAUUCAAUCUUUCAGGUACCCUACCAAAGGGACCAAAUCUGGACUUUAACACAGAUCUGAAAUCACCAGAUCUGAGUCUGAAUGCUCCAAAGAUAAAGGGUGAAUUUGAUGCUCCUGACUUGGACUUACCAAAAUUGAACCUUAAAGCUCCAAAGUUAGACAUGAAUACCCCAGAUGUCAACAUUGGUUCACCCAAAGCAAAAUUUAAAAUGCCCAAAUUUAAAAUGCCUAAAUUUGGUAAACCAAACCUCAAAGGACCUGAUAUCGGUGGAAACUUUGAUGGUCCAGAUCUUGAUGUAAAUAUCCCUAAUGUCAACCUCAAAGGUCCUAAAGCUGAUUUGGAAAUGCCAGAUGUUGAUAUAUCUGGUCCAUCUGGAAAAUUCAAAAAGCCACAUUUUAACAUGCCUGAUUUUGGUCUUUCUGGUCCACAGAUAGAUGGCCCUGACCUGGACCUGAAAACACCAGAUCUGGAUAUAUCUGGUCCAUCUGGAAAAUUCAAAAAGCCACAUUUUAACAUGCCUGAUUUUGGGCUAUCUGGUCCAAAGAUAGAUGGCCCUAACCUGGACCUGAAAACACCAGAUCUGGAUAUAUCUGGUCCAUCUGGAAAAUUCAAAAAGCCACAUUUUAACAUGCCUGAUUUUGGGCUUUCUGGUCCAAAAAUGGAUGGCCCUGACCUGGACCUGAAGACACCUGAUCUAGAUAUAUCUGGGCCUAACUUCAGUGGUGGGUUAAAUGCACCAGACAUCAACAUGCCCAAGUUUGAUCUUAAAGCCCCCAAACUGGACCUUAAUACCCCAAAGUUGAACUUAGACAUGCCAUCAGGUAAACUGAAAAUGCCAGAGCUUCAUGCUCCAGACUGGGAUGUAAACGCUCCCUCAGGCAAAAUGAAAAUGCCUAAAUUCAAUCUUUCAGGUACCCUACCAAAGGGACCAAAUCUGGACUUUAACACAGAUCUGAAAUCACCAGAUCUGAGUCUGAAUGCUCCAAAGAUAAAGGGUGGAUUUGAGGCUCCUGACUUGGACUUACCAAAAAUGAACCUUAAAGCUCCAAAGUUAGACAUGAAUACCCCAGAUGUCAACAUUGGUUCACCCAAAGCAAAAUUUAAAAUGCCCAAAUUUAAAAUGCCUAAAUUUGGUAAACCAAACCUCAAAGGACCUGAAAUUGACGGAAACUUGGAUGGCCCAGAUCUUGAUGUUAACGUACCCAAUGUCAACCUCAAAGGUCCUAAAGCUGAUUUUGAAAUGCCUGAUCUUGAUAUAUCUGGUCCAUCUGGAAAAUUCAAAAAGCCACAUUUUAACAUGCCUGAUUUGGGGCUAUCUGGUCCAAAAAUAGAUGGCCCUAACCUGGACCUGAAAACACCAGAUCUGGACAUAUCUGGUCCAUCUGGAAAAUUCAAAAAGCCGCAUUUUAACAUGCCUGAUUUUGGUCUUUCGGGUCCAAAAAUAGAUGGCCCUAACCUGGACCUGAAGACACCAGAUCUGGACAUAUCUGGUCCAUCUGGAAAAUUCAAAAAGCCACAUUUUAACAUGCCUGAUUUUGGUCUUUCGGGUCCAAAAAUAGAUGGCCCUAAACUGGACCUGAAAACACCAGAUCUGGACAUAUCUGGUCCAUCUGGAAAAUUCAAAAAGCCGCAUUUUAACAUGCCUGAUUUUGGGUUAUCUGGUCCAAAGAUAGAUGGCCCUAACCUGGACCUGAAGACACCUGAUCUAGAUAUAUCUGGCCCUAACUUCAGUGGUGGGUUAAAUGCACCAGACAUCAACAUGCCCAAUGUUGAUCUUAAAGCCCCCAAACUGGACUUUAAUACCCCAAAGUUGAACUUAGACAUGCCAUCAGGUAAACUGAAAAUGCCAGAGCUUCAUGCUCCGGACUGGGAUGUAAACGCUCCCUCAGGCAAAAUGAAAAUGCCUAAAUUCAAUCUUUCAGGUACCCUACCAAAGGGACCAAAUCUGGACUUUAACACAGAUCUGAAAUCACCAGAUCUGAGUCUGAAUGCUCCAAAGAUAAAGGGUGGAUUUGAUGCUCCUGACUUGGACUUACCAAAAAUGAACCUUAAAGCUCCAAAGUUAGACAUGAAUACCCCAGAUGUCAACAUUGGUUCACCCAAAGCAAAAUUUAAAAUGCCCAAAUUUAAAAUGCCUAAAUUUGGUAAACCAAACCUCAAAGGACCUGAAAUUGACGGAAACUUGGAUGGCCCAGAUCUUGAUGUUAACGUACCCAAUGUCAACCUCAAAGGUCCUAAAGCUGAUUUUGAAAUGCCUGAUCUUGAUAUAUCUGGUCCAUCUGGAAAAUUCAAAAAGCCGCAUUUUAACAUGCCUGAUUUUGGGUUAUCUGGUCCAAAAAUAGAUGGCCCUGACCUGGACCUGAAAACACCAGAUCUGGAUAUAUCUGGAAAAUUCAAAAAGCCACAUUUUAACAUGCCUGAUUUGGGUCUUUCGGGUCCAAAAAUAGAUGGCCCUAACCUGGACCUGAAAACACCAGAUCUGGACAUAUCUGGUCCAUCUGGAAAAUUCAAAAAGCCACAUUUUAACAUGCCUGAUUUUGGGUUAUCUGGUCCAAAGAUAGAUGGCCCUAACCUGGACCUGAAGACACCAGAUCUGGACAUAUCUGGUCCAUCUGGAAAAUUCAAAAAGCCACAUUUUAACAUGCCUGAUUUUGGGUUAUCUGGUCCAAAGAUAGAUGGCCCUAACCUGGACCUGAAGACACCUGAUCUAGAUAUAUCUGGGCCUAACUUCAGUGGUGGGUUAAAUGCACCAGACAUCAACAUGCCCAAGUUUGAUCUUAAAGCCCCCAAACUGGACCUUAAUACCCCAAAGUUGAACUUAGACAUGCCAUCAGGUAAACUGAAAAUGCCAGAGCUUCAUGCUCCAGACUGGGAUGUAAACGCUCCUUCAGGCAAAAUGAAAAUGCCUAAAUUCAAUCUUUCAGGUACCCUACCAAAGGGACCAAAUCUGGACUUUAACACAGAUCUGAAAUCACCAGAUUUGAGUCUGAAUGCUCCAAAGAUAAAGGGUGGAUUUGAGGCUCCUGACUUGGACUUACCAAAAAUGAACCUUAAAGCUCCAAAGUUAGACAUGAAUACCCCAGAUGUCAACAUUGGUUCACCCAAAGCAAAAUUUAAAAUGCCCAAAUUUAAAAUGCCUAAAUUUGGUAAAACAAACCUCAAAGGACCUGAAAUUGACGGAAACUUGGAUGGCCCAGAUCUUGAUGUUAACGUACCCAAUGUCAACCUCAAAGGUCCUAAAGCUGAUUUGGAAAUACCAGAUGUUGGUAUAUCUGGUCCAUCUGGAAAAUUCAAAAAGCCGCAUUUUAACAUGCCUGAUUUUGGUCUUUCUGGUCCAAAAAUAGAUGGCCCUGACCUGGGCCUGAAAACACCAGAUCUGGACAUAUCUGGUCCAUCUGGAAAAUUCAAAAAGCCACAUUUUAACAUGCCUGAUUUUGGUCUUUCUGGUCCAAAAAUAGAUGGCCCUAACCUGGACCUGAAGACACCAGAUCUGGACAUAUCUGGUCCAUCUGGAAAAUUCAAAAAGCCGCAUUUUAACAUGCCUGAUUUUGGGCUUUCUGGUCCAAAGUUGGAUGCCCCUAACCUGGGCCUGAAAACUCCUGAUCUAGAUAUGUCUGGCCCUAACUUCAGUGGUGGUUUAAAUGCACCAGAGAUCAACAUGCCAAAGGUUGACUUCAACACUCCAAAACUGAACAUGCCAUCAGGUAAACUGACAAUGCCAGAGCUUCAUGCUCCAGACUGGGACAUUAAUGCUCCCUCAGGCAAAAUGAAAAUGCCUAAACUCGAUCUUUCAGGCACAUUACCAAAAGGCAACCUUAAAGCACCCAAAUUAGACAUGAACACUCCAGAUAUCAACAUUGGUUCACCUAAAGCAAAGCUGAAAAUGCCAAAAUUAAAAAUGCCUAAAGUUAGUCUACCAGGCCUAAAAGGACCUGAGAUUGAUGGAAACUUUGAUGGCCCAGACAUUGAUAUCAAUGCACCAGAUGUCAACCUAAAAGCACCCAAAACUAACUUUGAAAUGCCAGAUGUUGGUUUUGGUAGCCCAUCUGGACAUGGACAUUUCAAAAAGCCACAUUUGAAAAUGCCAGAUGUGGGAUUUCACAGUCCUGAGUUCGAUGGCCCAAACUUUGACUUCAAAUCACCAGAUCUUAAUCUCAAAGCUCCAAAAUUGAAAGGUGGAAUCAAUGUCCCCAAAUUGGGAUUGCCAGACAUGGACCUUAAGGCUCCAAAGUUUGAUACGGACACUCCAGAUCUAAACAUUGGUUUACCUGAUGCGAAGUUCAAAAUGCCCCAAAUCAAGAUGCCAAAGGGCCCUAAUGUUGACAUAAAUGGAGGCAUGCAAGGGCCUGACCUGAAUAUCCCAAAUGUAGAUGUCAGUGGUCCAAAUGGAAAAUUUAAAAUGCCAAGUUUAAACGCACCAGACUUCAGUCUCUCUGGACCUAAAGCAAAAAUACCAGACAUGAGUCUUUCAGGACCUAAACUGAAGGGCCCUGGUAUUAAUAUGCCAGACUUCAAUCUACCUGAUACCAGUUUCAAAGCUCCCAAUCUAGACUUCAAUGCAAAACGUCCUGAUCUAGGAAUAGAUGGUAACAUAGGCCGACCUGACAUGAACUUCAAUGCCCCUAAUGUCAAAGGAGGAAUAAGUGGCCCCGACUUUGACAUGAGCAUACCCUCAGGAAACAUCCAUGGUCCUCAGGCUGAUUUUGAUAUGGAAGGCAACAAAUUUAAACGUCCUUCUUUCAAGCUGCCUCAGUUUGGAGGUCCAGAUCUUAACAGGGAAGGGUGCGAUAUUGACUUUGAUGCAUCUCUGAGAUCCCCCCUGAAUACAAAAAUGAACAUGAAACCACAACAGUUGAUUGGGGAUUUCACAGGCCCAAAUGUUACCUCUCCAAACAUGCCGAAAAUGGUAAUGCGGAGUCCCCAACUGCAUCUCAAAUCUCCAGAGCUUAACAUGGAUGAUCCUUCACUACAUUUCGGAGGACCUUCCAAUAGGAAUCAGUUUAGGUCAGAUAUCCCAGGGGUAAACAUGAGAAUGCCUGCACUGGAUAUAGAUGGAGAUGUCAGACUUCAUCACGCUGACAGACAACCACAGAGGACCAAAGUUAUGUCCAGCUACCCUAUGGUGGAUGCUGGUUUUAACCCCAUGUUUGAUUACAACCGUUCAGAUCUCAACAUUGAUGAUUUCACAGGAAAAGAUCAUGUACUCAGAGCCAGAGGUUCGAGAUUGGACGUACAGGCACAAGGCCACCGUGGACAGGCAAUGUUCCCGUCAGGUGUUAAUCUUGACAUGAGGGACCCCAGACAAGCCAGAAGAAUUCCUCCUGGUGACAUUCAAAUACAUUCAAGGCCCAGAUCAAUGCAGCAGGUACCUAACGCACGCAUGCCACAGUUCUCUCAAGAUCCAAGAACAAUGCAGCAGGUACCUAAUGCACGCAUGCCACAGUUCUCUCAGGAUCCAAGAACAAUGAAGCAAGUACCUAAUGCACGUUUUCCACAGUUCUCUCAGGAUCCAAGAUCAAUGCAGCAGGUAGCUAAUGCACGUUUGCAAAAUGUCCCUCAGGAUCCAAGAUUAAUGCAGCAGGUAGCUAAUGCUCGUUUGUCACAGUUCACUCAAAAUCCAAGAUCAAUGCAGCAGGUAGCUAACGCACGUAUGCAAAAUGUCCCUCAGGAUCCAAGAUCAAUGCAGCAGGUACAUCACACACGUUUGCCACAGUUCGCUCAAGAUCAAAGAAUAAGAGUACCUGACAGUUCAGACGGAUACUACGUCACUGUUUUCCCCAACCAACCACAAAAUCAAAGAACGCCAAACCGAAAAUAUAACACUCUCGGGGGGCCUAACUUUCGUCCACGAAACGUAGACCUAGAAGUUCUUGGACAAAAUGACGUAACAGGGGGGUCAGGUUUCUUUUUUUCCAACCUCAUGUAAGUUUCAAGGAACAGAUGUAAAACAAAUGUCUAUUUUGUGUUAUUUUUUUAUAUUGGGGUUUAUUUAUUUUGAGUUCAGCUGUUGAUUGUGUGAUUUCUACAUCUUUUACAUUUGUUUGUUUGUGUGUUUGUGUAUAAAGCCAAUAUAGUUGCUUUGUAAUGAUCCAGUUUACAUUACACUGCCGCAUCCUUGCACUUGUUUCAUGUUAACGUUCUGUUUGUAUUUUACAAUACUUGUACUCGAAAAGUAGGUAUUCUUUCCAUGUACAUUGAGUUAAGUUAUGGCUCCUUAAAUGUUAACAAUCACCACUCGACUUUGAAACCCUACCCUAAAUGAGUGGAUUUAUGGGUACUAUUCUACGAUAAAAUGUUAGUUUUAAAGAAAUACAUUAUCAACGAAAUGUUGAAAUAACCAAAGAUGUGCAUAUGUUUAUAUUUUACUGUAAAUCUAUUCUUUAUCUUGUAUUCUUUGGGGACGUAUACAUAGUUUUUAUGACCAUUCUUUGUUACCUUAAGGUUUCUGAGCAUAAAUAUAAUGAAUGUUAAUGAAAUUAUUCAAGAUUACUUUCUGUACUAAACUGUAAAAAAACGGACCUAAGUCAUUUUAUAAGUAACCAUGAAGCUCUUAAAUGUGUUACGAUGGAUCUACCAUUUUGUUUGUUAUAGCAUUGUACAAAAUAAUAAACACAGAGAAUUUGUACAGUA